AUGGAUUUCAAAAUGGGUUUGGCUUUCGCCUCAAGUCACGCCAGCUGGAAAGACAACACGGAAUAUAUCUACCGUGUCAGCGGACGUUCCCUCACUAGCUUAAAUGAGCUUACAGAUCAGUAUUCCGGCAUUCUCUUGAAGGCUAAAUUACACGUUUCUACACGCCCUGACGGAAAACUUCAAGCUAGAAUUUCUGAUGCCCAAUAUGCUCAAAUUCAAAGUCAAUUGCCAGAUGGCUGGAAUUCUGAAAUUUCAGAGUCUCAGCUUAACUACAAGCAAUUGGGGCUCACUGAUAAACCUUUCAAAAUACUUACCAAAGAAGGUGUGAUUAAAGGUCUGAUUGUAGAAAAAGAUGUGACUAAUUGGGAAGCCAACGUUAUCAAAAGUAUUGUAAGCCAACUUCAACUGGAUAUUCAAGGAAAUAAUAUCAUCCAGUCACCCAUCAACAACUUACCAAAAAACAAUGAGAUGGAGGGAGUAUUUAAAAGCAUGGAAGAAACCGUUACUGGAGAAACAGAAACUUUGUAUCAAAUCCACCGUCUUCCUGAAUACUUGACCCAAAGCCAGCCCUGGCUGGUACCACAACAACAAUUGAACUUCCAUGGACAAAUUUAUGAGGUAAUUAAAAGCAAAAACUACUCAAACACUGAAGAUAUACCUGCUUAUUAUUAUGGUUUUGGAGAAAUUAUUGCAGGAGAACCCACUGGAAAUAGAAUGGGACAAUUCUAUACUAGACAAUCAAGCUCUCGUAUGAUUUUGACUGGAAAAGUCUCCAAAUAUACGAUUCAAAGCUCCCAAACUGUUGAUAAAAUUAUUAUUAACCCAACAAUUAAUGCUCGACAACAAGGUUCAGCAAUUAGUGCUCUUAACUUAACUUUGUCAGAAGUAAAAUCUCAAAGUCAACAGGCUCAAGAAAUGUCUAAUCCUGUUGAAAUUGGAAACCUCGUUUACACCUAUGAAAGACCUUUUGCUAAGUCCAACAAAGUACAUGAAAAAAUGCAAGGUGAUAAUUUAAGCAGUGAAUCUAGUGAAGAAGGUAAUGAAUCUACCUGGAAAAAGUUCCGCCAAUCCGCUGAACAAAUGAUCAAGAAAAUGCAACAAGAUGACAGCUCAUCUUCUGAAGAAACCAUGCAAUACCAACCCAGACCUUCAAUGACUGAAGCUCCACAAUUUCCCCUGUUGCCCUAUUUUAUGGGGUACCAUGGAAAGUCUGUCAGAACCGAUAAAGAUUUCGAUCCUAAACAAAUUGUCGAAAAAAUCGCUAGAGAAAUCAGUGAAGAUGUGCAACAACCUGAAAAGAUUUUGACUCAAUCUACAUUAAGCAAAUACGCUAUGCUUUGUUCUUUGGUUCGCACAAUGGACAAGGACGAUAUUAAAUCUUUAGCCGAAAAACUGUACACCCCAGACAAACAAGGUGCACAACGAGUGGCUUGGGCCGCUUUUAGGGAUGCUGUAGCUGAAGCUGGAACUGGCCCAGCCUUUUUAAAUAUCGAAGAAUGGAUUUCUACCAAGAAGGUAGAAAGACAGGAAGCUGCUGAAAUAAUUUCUGCUAUGACUCGUGCUGUUCGUGUCCCAACUGAAGAAUAUAUGCAAUCAUUCUUUGAACUGAUCAAAAAACCUGAAGUAAGGCACCAGGAAUAUCUCAAUGAAACCGCAUGGUUAUCAUUUACUGAAAUGGUACAUAAAGUAUAUGUAAACAAGCACCAAUCUAACAAUGAAUAUCCUGUAAACAGCUUCCGCUCUUUCUAUACUAAAGAAGGAAAAACCUUUGCCACAUCCACUGUAAUACCCUACUUGUCUCAAAAAUUGGAUGAAGCUGUAUCUGGAGCUGACUCACGCAAGGUUCAUAUUUUCAUUCGCUGCCUUGGCAAUAUUGGGCACAAACAAAUUCUCAAAGCUUUUGAACCAUACUUAGAAGGACAACGGCAAUGCUCUCAAUUCCAACGUACUCUUAUGGUACUAAGUUUGGAUAAAUUGGCUAGUAGCUCUCCCAUAACUGCUCGCUCUGUACUGUACAGAAUCUAUCAAAAUGCCGCUGAAGUUUCUGAAGUCAGAGUUGUGGCAGUUUACCAACUCAUGAGGACCAACCCUUCAGUUGAAAUGCUUCAACAUAUGGCUGAAAAUACCAACACUGAUCAACAAGAAGAAGUCAAUGCUGCUGUUAAAUCUGCUAUUGAAAGCGCUUGUGAGCUUACCAGUGGUCAGGCUCAAUCUUUGCGUAAAUCUGCUGAAUCAGCAAGACCUCUUCUCACCCGCAAAGAAUAUGGACAGCAACAAAGCUUGAACUUUUUACAAGACUUCGUAGUUGAAAACAUGAACACCGAAUUCAAACAGAAUAUUCUUCAAGUAGGAAGCCCAGACAGCAUGUUGCCCAAAGGACUUAAAUACACUUUACGUGGAGAUAUUAACGGAUUUAAACAUUACUUCAGCAACGUGCAAGUUAUGCUUUCUAGCGUAAAGGAACUCUGCAACGUUCUCUACAGACAAACCGAACAAUACCAACAAAGGAAUGCUCAAAGAGCACAGCAACAAUCUACAGAAAGCAAAUGGUCCAGUGCCAAAAUUGCCGAAUCUCUAGACAUUCAGGGUGAGGAAAGGGAACAACUUGAAGGAUUUAUUUACACAGAAAUUGAUGCUUUCCAAAAAAUUUGGUCUUUUGAUAACGAAACAAUUGAACAAUUGCCAGAAGCUCUUCGGGAACUAGAACAACAAUUGAAGAACGGUAAACAAGUCCGAUACAACAAAUUGAAACAACUCAAACAAAUUGCCCUUUCUCUUCCUACUGAAACUGGCUUUCCAUUCUUGUACACCUAUGAUAUCCCGAUGUUAGUCCAAUAUGAAGGCAAAGUUAAGGCCCAAGUGUCUCCUCAAAUUUCAAGUGGCAAGAAAUUGCGCAAACCAGAACAAAUCUCUGCUCAGCUUGAAGGCUUUGUUACUAUUUCCACUAAAGUGCAAUCACACUUGAGUUUAGUUACUCCAUUCGACCACCAAAUCUAUGUUGCUGGAUUCGACAAAAACUUCCAAGUUCAUCUCCCAUUGAAAAUCAACGCUGAAGUAAAUCUUGCAAAAUCUUCCUCUAAAAUCGAAUGUGAAUUGAACGAAAAACACCCAGGUGCUCGUUUGUUCCACUACAGCUCAUGGCCUUAUACCUCUCGUAGUGACAUCAUGACUACUAGUCCAGUGGCGCUAAGAACAAAUACUCACCGUCUCAGACCAGAAAGCGACACACACAGAUCAUUCGACUUUGUUUUAGGAAACAAAGAAUCUGGUAUGGCUGUUCGUGUUUCAGGUCAUCAUCCACAACAAUCCAUUAAUAUAUUGCAACUUGCUGACUUAAUCAAAUCUGAAGGAAUUGUAGCAGCCUGGCAACAAAGCUGGGAUGAUGCUACGUUGCAACAAACUGAAGCCGAUAUUCGCCUAGCUCCUGAACAAUCUAGCUCCAGAAAAUUCACUCUACGCUUGGGAAUGCAAAAUCAAUACAAGACUCAACCGCAAAAUCAAAAACAACCAGAAUUUUUGAGCAUUGAACAGCUUUCAUCUAAAGUAGAAUGUGAGAGUCAGCAACGCCAAAACGAGUUACUGAAACAUGUUAGCGCUGGUAUCACAAAUGCCAAAGCAAGUUGCAUUGAUGCUUCCCUGGAAUUUGAAGGACAACGUAAAAAUCAAUAUAUUUUCGCCUUGGCUUAUGCUAAAAGCAACGUCGCUCCUCAAUCUAGCCUAGUGGCUUUUUACAAGAGCAAAACUCAAACACCUCGCGAGGUAGGCCUCCAAGUUAAAAGUUAUAUUCCUAACACCAACGGAUUGGAUUUAACUGACUCCUUGGAAAAAGAACCAAAAGCCAAAUAUGAAGUAGUAUUCCAAGAAAAGCAAGAACGUAGGGAACCUGUAGAAAUUAAAGCUACCAUUAAAAUGAACAGAAGUGAAUCUCGCAAACAAGCUCUUGUUGAACAACCGAUGUAUUACGUAUGCAAGAAGGAAAUGCAAGAAGGUAACAAGCAAUUAGCUGCUUGCCAAAAUAUGACCAUUGAAUCCAAUUUCCUCAAUGACAUCAAAAUUGACAUAGAAUACCAAAAUGUGCCUUCGGAGUGCAAAAUGAAUAUCCAACGUAUUUACAAUGCCAUUCGCACCACAAGCUAUCCAAUCGCUGAAAGUACUGGCGUUCGCAACCAAGAAGACAACAAAAUUGAAGUAAGAGUGCAAUUCCAACCUGAACAUUUGCGACAAGUGAAUGUCACCAUUAAUAAAGAAACCAAAUUUUCUAACAUUUCCUUGGGUCAAUGGGCUAAAACACUUUGGGUUCCCCAUCCCGUAUUCCAUCUUAAAGCAAGACUGGCUGGGCAAAUGAUGGGUCAAGACAAUAUCAGACCUACUUGUGUAAUAGACAGAAAUGCUGCUCAAACCUUCAGCAAUAGGACUUAUCCAUUAUCUCUUGGAAAAGGAUGGACCAUGAUGAUGCUUUACAUGCCGGAACAUGCUCGACUCGAUGGCGAACGCAGAGUAGAUCCAGUCCAACAACUUAAGGAACAACAGGAAACCUUUGUCGUUUUAAUCAAAGAAACUUCUGAAGACCUUAGGGAAAUGAAAAUAGUGUUCAGCCACCCAACUACUGAAGGAAAAACCGUCGAAAUCAAUAUGAAGCCCACGGAACAAAGAUCAGGAGCCGCCGUUUCUGUACUUGUUGAUGGUGAAGAAGUCCACUUCAAUGAAAAUAAAGCUGCCGAUUUCUUCAAUGGCUUUAUGGAAAUUUAUUCUUUGAACAAAGGCGAACUUAAAAUGGAAAUUCGUGACUGGUUCUAUUUAAUCUUUGAUGGAGAACGCGUUAAACUAACAGCUCUCAACGACAAACUCCGUGAUUCCAUUACAGGUUUGUGUGGUCGUUUCAGUGACGACAAAUACGAAGAUUUUCAAACUCCCCAAAACUGCAUUGUAAGAUCUAUGGAAAAAUUCGUUGCUAGUUACCAAGUUGAAGGAAGACAAGAAACUCAAUCACCUAGAGAAUGUAUUCGUAAGGAACUGCCUUUGUAUACUGAUGUCAUUUCAAAACGCGACUAUGAAGGGAGAAGAAGUACUGAAGAAACCAGCAACAAAAUGGAACUUAGAAACCGUUAUACUGAACAAAAUGAUGACAUUUGUUUCACAAUCCAUCCAGUACCAGAAUGUAAAAAUGGUGCCCGGAAAACUGUAACCAAAAACGUACCAGUUCAUUGUGUUAGCAACUCCAAAACUGCCUAUUAUUUAAAGAGUCAAAUUGACCAAGGAGGUAACCCUGACUUCAGCCACAAGUCCGAAACCAAGACCAUCAGAAUGGAAAUUCCUCAGCAGUGUAAAUAA